AUGGGUGCUGAAGAAGGGGAUCCUGUAGCUUCAGGGGCGGAAGGAACUGAUGCUGUCAGGCCUGUCUCCAACACGGAUGCAGCAGAGUUGGCUACGCCUGCAGAACCAGACGAUGAGCAGAUGGCGGACGCAGCAGCAGAGGCAGCUCAACAGUCAAAGAAGGAAGGUGCUGAGCAGCACACCAGUGACCAUGAGAAAGCAGCUCAGGUCGAUCAAGAGGGUGACACGGCAGAUGCACCAGAGCAGGCUGGAGCUGGACCUGCAGACCAGCCUCUGGAAGUGGCCAUUGGUGGUGCAGACUUCAUCAAAGCUGCGGACUCUCAGCGGGUUGUAUGGGCGCGAGUGAAAGGCUUCCCUCACUGGCCGGCCCAGAUCAUGACAGAAAAGGAGGCGGCUGUGAGGAUGGAGCAUGUCUUUCGGCCGAGCCCCCUUUCCCUGCCGGUCAUGUUCUUUGGCACCCUCGAGAUAGCUUGGAUGGCACCCGCUGAGGUGGUGUCUUGGGCAGAGGGUGUCGAGGCCAACUUUCUGAAGAAGAACAAGGCUCGCAGGAAGUUCCUCAAAUCUGUGGAAGAGGUGCACUUGUUCCUGGCUCCUGGACCGCAGCGGCGCAAGGCACCAGAAGGCUGGUGGAAGAAAGCCAUUAAUCCCCCCAAGCCCAAAUCAAAAGAGACGGUCCUCGAGAUAGGUGCAGCUGCCAACCACACACAGGCGGCAAAGGCAGGCGCCACCAAGGGCGCAAAGGGGGCCAGCAAGGCUGGGAAUGGCCUGGGAGUGCACACCAACAGCAAAGUGGUCAAGCGCGUCCAGCGGCCGGUGAAGAGGAUUGAUGGAGCUGACGAGGAUGAUCUCAAGGAGCUGCUGGGAGAUGAGGGCGAGGCAGACCUGGCAGCUGCCCCCAAGCGGAAGCCCUCGGCAGGCAGGCGGCCGGACUUCUCAGCGCCCAAGCCACCGCACUAUGAAGCGGUACGGCGCAAUCUGUGGACGUCCCGUUCGCGGCCGAAGCGGCUGCCAAAGGACGACAUCCCGGUGUGCGGUUGCACGCCGCCGCCGCGGCCACCGGCAGCAGCCGCCCCGCAGCUUCCGCCCAGCUCCUCAGCCGCUCCACCCGCUGUAUUGCCUCUCCAGCAUCAGCCCGGCGACGCAGCCCCCGCGCCUGCUGAUGCCGGCGUGCCCGGCAGCACACCGCCAGCAGAGCUCGCAACGGCGCCGCAUGGAGACGCAGAUGAGCAUGCGGAUGCGCCCGCCUCUGGGGACGCGGAUGCACCCAUGACUUUCCGAGCGCUGCAGCCGUUGGCCAACGGCGUUGCAGCGCUGGCCGGGGCCGAGGAGGCGCUUGCCGCAGAGGCGCAUGCGCCGAUAGCGGUGCCGAGGCCGUCAGCCAUGCUCGUGCCGCCGGCAGCCGUGGCGAACGCAGCCAAGGCGGCCAUGCCCGAGCGCACUGGGUGUGGGGAGAACUGCCUGAACAGGCUCUCGUACAUCCACUGCGAUCCCAAGCAGUGCCCCUGCGGCGACUACUGCAGCAACAGGCCGUUCCAUCUGCUGCCCCAGCCCAAGACGGAGCUGUUCUUGACAGAGGACCGGGGCUGGGGUGUCAAGGCGACAGAGCACAUACCCAGGGGUACCUUCAUCGUAGAGUAUGCAGGCGAGGUCAUAGAGGAGCAUGAGUGCCGGCGGAGGAUGGCACAGGCCAAGGUGACUGGCCUGCAGCACUUCUACAUGAUGGAGUUGGCUCCUGGCCUCAUCAUCGAUGCGCGUGUCAAGGGCAACAUGGCGAGAUUCAUCAAUUCAUCCUGCGCGCCCAACUGCGAGUCGCAGAAAUGGCAUGACGCCGCGACGGGCGAGAUCCGCAUCGGGAUCUUCGCUGCUGACGACAUUGAGCCCGGCACUGAGCUGGCUUAUGACUACCAAUUCCAGCAUGCUGGCCUGGCCCAGGAUGCUGGUGCCUACAGGUGCAUGUGCGGGGCGCCAAACUGCCGGGGCACGAUGGACACGCAGCCGGAGCGCUUCAAGGACUUUGGCAAGCGCGUGGAGGUGUUCUGGGACGGGGACAGCGUCUUCUACCGCGGCACCGUCACCGCCUACUCCACAACCAGCGGCAAGCACACCAUCCUCUACGACGACAACGACGUCGAGCGCGUCUGCCUCAAGACGGUGAAGCACAGGUGGCUGGACGAGAGCGCGCCAAUGAAGAUGUCGCCGCUGCAUGCCGCGCUGGUCGCGCAGAGCGGCCUGCUGGGCCCCGAGCCCCUGGACCUCAACGCCGGCCCCGAACCAGAGAUUCCCCAGGCCGCGAUGGAAGAGCCACAGCCCAAGGCGGCGGCACAGGUGCAGCCUGAGAUCCCCCAGGCCGCGGCGGAAGAGGCACAGCCCAUGGAGGUAGCACAAGUGCAGCCUGAGGUGGAGGCACAGAUUCCUGCAGAACCACCAGCAGUGGAGGAGGCUGCACUGGCUGUUGCGUUUGUGGUGCCACCGCCUGCAGCUAAUGGGGAGUUGAGUACGGCAGCUGCCGCGCCUGCAAGGCCGGUUAGGAAGAGCAGGGCUGCGUCCGCCGGGCGCGGCCUCAAGAGGAAACAGGCCGAAGGGGCCACGGAGGAAGAGAUUGCAGAGGCUCUCAAAGACGACGAGGAUGCCUUGGCCGCUCAGGCACGCCCACAGACUGCUUUGGGUGCGCAUGUGCCGAAGCACAAGAUGUGGCUCAAGCGCUGCCAGCGCGACUCUCAGGAGCAGGAGGCACCUCCAGCCGGGCCUGCAUUACAGCCACAGCUGGCGCCUGCUGCCCUGAGCUGGGCCGUGCCAGACCCGGCAGCUGCCGCGCAGCUGACAGCGAACGCUGGGGCCCCUCCGCAGCUGCCAGCGCCCUUCAACGCCCCUCCCUUCGCCAUGCCUCCCUUCCCCCUGCCGUCCAUGCCCCCCGGCCUGCCAGGCCAAAACGCCCUCCAGGUGGCCAUGUACCAGAUGCUGCUGAUGAGCAACCCGCAGCUGGCGCAGGCCCACAAGACUCUCGGGGGCAGCCUGCCUUCGCCCCACAUGCCCAUGGCAUCCCUGCACCAGAUGUUCGCCACCUUUGCCAAUGCCGCCGCGGCAGCCUCUGCACCGGCCCUGGUGCCUCCUCUGGCUCCCUGGCUCCCAGGUCAGAGCGGCACCCUCCUCUCUGCGGUCCCGCCAGGAUCCCAGAUGCUGCCACAGGUGGCUCCGCUGCAGCUGGGGCCGCUGACGCCGGCCGGCGCUGCCAGCGGGCCGGCGCAGCCGCCAUCGGUCCCCAUGACCCCCAACCUCUGGGGCGCCAUGCCCCCCGGCUAUGCACCGCAGAUGCCCCCCGCGUGGCCGCCCGUGAGCGACUCAGCUGGCCCGAGUGCUGCGCCGCUGCCGCAGUCCGCUGCAGUCGCUCCUGCAUCAGUCGGCGCGCGCGCGCAGCUGCCGAACGGCGAUGCAAAAGAGGUCACAGCACCCGCUACGGCGUUAGAACAUGCUGGCGGCUCCACAGUGGCAGCGUCGGAGCCAGCAGAGCAGAGCAGUCUGGACGGUGCAGCGUCGGCUGCUGCACUGGAGGCAGAGCAAGACGCCCUCUUUGCCGCAGCGGUGGCCGCGGCGGCAGCCAAGCAUCAGUUUUCUAGCGAAGGCGCAGCGCCAGAAGCGGCUGGGCCCGCAAAGGAACCAGAUGUAGCAGAUGCGCCAGCAGCAGCCCCAGUGGAUCCAUCGCCGCAGGCUGAUAGCGCUCCGUCACCUGCCGCAGAGCAGCCAGCUGUACAGGAGCCAGCCAGCGCUACCGAGGCGGAAGGCCUACAUGACUCAUCAGAGGCGUCGGCAGCAGAGGCAGCCAUGGCGGAGCAAGCCUCUGCUGUGGAGGAGGAGCAGCCAAAGCAUGCAGAGUCUCAGGAGGACACCAGCGCAGACGGCCAUGCUGUGCUUAUGGCUGUCGAUGACUGCGCUGCGGCCCCCUCGCAGGCUGACACAGGCUCAGCCGUGCCAACUGCCGAGCCAGCCACAGACGCUGCAACCGCUGCAGACAGCGAGGCGCCGGCACAGGCGGCUGCAGAUGCGGAUGCACCGCAUGACAUACCGCCUGCGCUACCAGGUGAGGAAGAAGUGCAGAAGAGUCCUGACAACCAGUCCCAGCUUGCAGCGGAGGCCGGCGCGGCCCUGAUAGGCAGCGUGAGGGAGGAGGCAACUGGCACUCCCGGCAACGCCGCCUUGGAGGAGAGCAAGGAGCAGUCGCAGCUCGCCGCAGAUGCCGGCGCCGCGCUUGUCGGCAACGUCCAGCAGGCCACCACAGGCGGCGAGGAGCCUCCACAAGCACCUACCGUGGAUGCAGAUACAUAUGUUCUGCCCUCCAAGGCAGCAGACGCCGGUGCUGCCGAGGCAGACGCAGGCGGGCAGCCUUCCAGCAGCGCAGCAACUGAGGCUGAGCGGAGCAGCGAGCCGCCUGCCGUCCGGCCGCUCGCGGAUGCAUCGCCACCGCUGCUGCAGAGGCCCAAGGCGCAGCAGCGCCUCUUCGACCCCACAACAGCCCUCAGCAACGGCCAUAUUUCCCCGGCCAAUGGCACUCCCAAGGCGGCGCCGCAGGGCCUGAUCGACCCUGUGUCCGUCGGCCCCGCCGCGGCCGCUGUCGCGCCGGCUGCCGCGCCUGAAGCGGAGGCGGAUGAGGCAGAGCUGUGGGGCAGCCUGCUGGUGGACUCGCCGUCCCCCUGCAAAGCCCCCAAGGCUGCAUGGGCUCAGGACCCCAGCCUGUGGCGUGCGAAUGGCCCUGGGCCGGCGCGGCCGCCUCUCGGCCAGUGA